AUGAAAAUUUUUACCUUAUUUUUGCAAUUGGCCAAAUCAUUGGGCACUGCAGCAGCAGAGGCUGCACCUAAUGGUCUUUCGAUGAGCAAUGUAACUCGUUUAUGGGAAGGGCCUUCCUUAGCCACUCAUGCUGAGAAAGCUUCAGCUGCAUUGCUUUCUGGCCAUGUUAUUGCAGUGCCAACUGAUACACUGUAUGGGAUUGCUGCAUUAGCUCAGAACAAUACAGCUAUAGAAAGAAUUUAUGAAAUCAAAAGGCGUAGUUCAACCAAACCACUAGCUAUUUGUGUAUCGACAGUGGAAGACAUUUAUCUCUGGGGCAAAGUAACUGUACCACAUUCAUUACUUACUUCAUUGCUACCAGGGCCAGUUACAUUGGUAUUUCAGCGCACAAAACAACUUAAUUUGGCAUUUAAUCCUGGUACUGAUUUAGUUGGUAUUCGUAUUCCCAAUGAGGAUUUUAUAAGAGCUGUAGCCAGAUGCUGUAGCUCUCCCUUAGCUUUAACAAGUGCAAAUAUCAGUAGUAAAGCUAGCCCUGUGUGUGUGGAAGAGUUCAGUGAGCUCUGGAGUAAGCUUCAUGCUGUGUUUGACAGUGGCCAUCUUGGUGAGCACUUGGAAAGUCGAGAAGGAUCAACAAUUGUUGAUCUCUCACAGCCAGGCACAUAUAGACUUAUUCGAAGAGGAAUUGCCUAUGAACAGACUUCAAAAAUUCUCCAGAGUUAUGACCUUUGUUUAACUGAUUAA